ACACGAACACACAGUCUGAAUCCAUGUCUCAGAAUAAGCCUGCAAGCCUGCUUGCCUCAGCACCUCCAGUCUGAGGCUAUAGCCACCAUGGCCACCAUGACUCUCCUGGGUGGGUGUAAGCGCGCCGUCCUUUCCUGCCUGUUCUGGCUGACCGUAGCCCCGGGGCCUCUGCGUGGCGAUUUCGAGGUGGCGUACGUGACGGACCACGGCCUGCGCACCUGCUUCUGCGAGCGCGAGCUGCCCCACUGCAGCUCCCUCCACGGCGUGGCGGAGUGCGACUGCAAGGACCACCCGCUCUCCUGGCUGCAGCGGGCCGAGGGCAAGGGCCUGGUGCAGCGGCGCCGUCUCUCCGUCUGGUACUCCUCGCCGCCGCACGUCGCCCUCUAUCUGAACAACGCGGAGGUGCGCCACCUGUCGCUGGUCCGGUGCUGCCCCAUGGCGGCCUCGACCGUCUCGGUCGGAGCGGGUUCGGGCGCGGGGGGCGCGGGGGGCGCGGCCGCCAAGCUGACGUCUCCCGAGCACUUCGUGGUGCAGCGGCUGGAGCAGCUGACGGUGUGGCCGCCCACCUGCCGGCCCGGCGCCAGCCAGGAGAUGUACCUGGGGAUGGAGAUGGGCGCGGCGCACAACGAGGAGGCCCGCAUCGCCGUCAUCAACACGGCCGCGCUGGCAGGGGAGCUCCGGCUCAAGGCCUACACGGUGCGCACCGGCCUGGACGCCAACGGCCUGCUGCCCUUCCCCAACCUGCACACGUUGCCCCGCGAACUUCCGGACAACUCCAGCAUCUUUGUGACCUUUCUCUAUUGAACGAUUGCCAAACGCGAUGGCGGAAAAAAAGGAUCGUAAAGUAUUGGCACAGAAAGAAUUGUAAAAAUUGGGUUGUGACACAAUUGUAGAGUUUUUUUUUUCUUUUAUGAAUGUAUGAUUGAUUGAUUGAUUGGGAGCUAUUUGACUAAGCCAGCACUAAUAAACACUUUAAACAUGCAAGAAAUUAUUUUGCUAUGAGACAUGCAUGUACUAGCUUAGGAAUAUCAAGAGCCGUCUUCUCCAUGAGCAGUGAGGCUAAACGGUGUGAGAAAUGACAGCUGCAGAUGUGAACUGUACAUGCAUUUCUUGGGAGAUCGUUGAGCCAUCUGGACCAAAAAUGUAUUGAGAGAAUGCCAGGGUUUGAUUAAAUCUUAGUCCAGCGGUGCAGAAGAAUUAAAAUGGAAUAACCUCAGCCCAUAUAUGUCAUCACUCACAGGGCCUGUUGUAUAUCACU